GCUCUUUAAGGCUCCGUCCCGGGGCGGGGCUACGGCGGCGGCCCGGCCAAUGGGAGGGGGGAGCCACGCUUGCGUCUGGGCGGGGGGCGUGCCUCCCAGGUCGCCGGGCUCGAAAAGGCGUGGCGCUGCCUUCCCGUCACGGGGGUGGGGUUACGUGUGGGUGACGUGGCGGACCCUAGGUUUCGGUCGGAUUUCGGCGGCUUCAGAGCCCGGGGAGGAGGCGGUGACGGUCCGGGAGGCUGUGGCAGUAGCUGCGGCGGCAGGCGGCAGACAGGAGAGGUUAUGCGUCUCAAUGAUCCCGCGGAAACGCUACGGGUCUAAGAACACGGAUCAGGGCGUCUACCUGGGUCUCUCGAAGACACAGGUCCUGUCCCCUGCAACUGCUGGCAGUAGCAGCAGCGACAUCGCCCCUCUGCCCCCCCCAGUGGCCCCGGCCCCCUCCCCUCCCGACACCAUGUCCUGCCGGGAUCGGACCCAGGAGUUCCUGUCCGCCUGCAAGUCGCUGCAGAGUCGUCAGAAUGGAAUCCAGACAAAUAAGCCGGCCCUGCGUGCUGUCCGACAGCGCAGUGAAUUCACCCUCAUGGCCAAGCGCAUCGGGAAAGACCUCAGCAACACAUUUGCCAAGCUGGAGAAGCUGACAAUCCUGGCAAAGCGCAAGUCCCUCUUUGAUGAUAAAGCAGUGGAAAUUGAGGAGCUAACAUACAUCAUCAAACAGGACAUCAAUAGCCUCAACAAACAAAUCGCUCAGCUUCAGGAUUUCGUGAGGGCCAAGGGCAGCCAGAGUGGCCGGCACCUGCAGACCCACUCCAACACCAUUGUGGUCUCCUUGCAGUCAAAACUGGCCUCCAUGUCCAAUGACUUCAAAUCAGUUUUAGAAGUGAGGACAGAGAACCUGAAGCAGCAGAGGAGCCGGCGGGAACAGUUCUCCCGGGCACCCGUGUCAGCCCUACCCCUUGCCCCCAACCACCUAGGGGGUGGUCCUGUGGUUUUGGGGGCAGAGUCCCGUGCCUCCAGGGACGUGACCAUUGACAUGGUGGACUCUAGGACCAGCCAGCAGCUGCAGCUCAUUGAUGAGCAGGAUUCCUACAUCCAGAGUCGAGCAGACACCAUGCAGAACAUUGAGUCUACAAUUGUUGAGCUGGGCUCCAUCUUUCAGCAGUUGGCACACAUGGUUAAGGAACAGGAGGAAACCAUUCAGAGUUGUAAAACUACUAUUUGGGGCCAGGAUCCCAUAUCAGAGUGCUGGUUCAAGUCCUGGCUGCUCCUCUUCUGAUCCAGCUCCCUGAUAAUAUACCUGGGAAAGCAGCAGAUGAUGGCCCAAGUUGGGGCCCUGGCCACUCUCAUGGGAGACCUGGAUGGAGCUCCUGAAUCCUGGCCUUUGUCUGGCCCAGCCCUGGCAGCUGCAGCCAUUUGGAGAAUGAACCAGUGAAUGGAAGAUUUCUUUCUCUCUGCCUCCUUCUCACUCUGUCACUCUAUCAGAUAAAUAAAUAAAUGUUAAAAUGAAUAAAUAAUUGUUUGGGGCCAAUGUUGUGCAGUGAGCUAAGUUGCCAUCUGCAAAGCUGGCAUGCCAUUCAGAAAAAAAUUACCAUUUGGUUCUUAUUAAUAGUUAAUGUUUCCCUUUUGAGAAAUACUGUAUUUUUAUUCAUUACAGGGAUAUUUUCCUUCAAUUAUAGAAACUGCUUAAGACCCUUGUCUGCUAAUCCAUAUCUAAAUUAUCCUAGGGUUGUUCCCAUUCUUUAUCUCAUAUUAGUGUGGAUCACAAUUUUCUUGAUAAUCUAUGUAUUAGUCAGCUUUUCAUGACUUUAAACCUGAGAGGAACAGCGUUAAAGGGAAGAAAGUUUAUUUUCAGCUCAGAGUUGUAGGUUUGCAGUCCCAGGUCAGGCAGUCCUGUUAAUCUGGCAUCCAAUAGAGGCUGGCAGUGGCACGUGUAGAGGGAUGAUCACGUGGCAUGCCAGGAGGCAGAGACACACAGGAAACAGAUCAGCUUCUAUAACCAACCCUGUAGGGAAACUAUCUUUUUUUUUUUUUUUUAAGAAUUUAUUUAUUUGAAAGGCAUUAUAUGUAUGUAUGUAUGUGUGUAUGUAGAUAUAUGAGAGAGACAUCUUCCAUCCACUGCUUCACUUCCCAAAUGGCUGCAAUGGCCAGAGCUGGACCAAUCUGAAGCCAGGAGCCAGGAGCUUCUUCCAGCUCUCCCAUGUGGAUACAGGGGCCCAAGUACUUGGGCCAUCUUCCACUGCUUUUCCAGACUUAUUAGCAAGGGAGCUGGAUUGGAACAGCCAGGAUUCAAACCAGUGCCCAUAAUAGCUAUUCCACAGUUCUGGCCCCAAGAACUUCCUUUCAAAGGCAAGCUCCUAAAGACCUCCUAGUAGGCCUGCCACCCAGUUUUCCAAACCAUAGCAGUUUACUAGUUUGAGGUUGUCUCACGUGUUGUAAGUGGUGAAUUACAGAGAUUCUGGAUUCUGUUGUGUUUGCCCAGAGAAUAUUGACGUCUUUUGUCUUGGCAGACAAUGAAAUUGGCAGAACUGAGGUAGUUUUUUAUAGUUUGGGGUUUAUAGUUGUUACUUAUGGAAUUAGGGGUCUAAUGGGAGAUACUCAACCAUCACUAGAAGCAGAACCUUGAAUGAGGUCAUCAGAUGCAGCAGUGUAGAUGUUGGUGACUUUGAGUCAGGUUCAAUGGAGGAAUGAGAGCAAAAGUUUGAAUGGAGUGGGGUUUAAGAGAGAAUAAGGAGGCCGGUGCUGCGGCUCACUUGGCUAAUCCUCCGCCUGCGGCACCGGCACCCCAGGUUCUAGUCCCAGUUGGGAUGCCGGAUUCUGUCCCAGUUGCCCCUCUUCCAGUCCAGCUCUCUGCUGUGGCCCAGGAGUGCAGUGGAGGAUGGCCCAAGUGCUUGGGCCCUGCACCCGUAUGGGAGACCAGGAGGAAGCAUCUGGCUCCUGGCUUCGGAUCAGCUCAGCAUGCCGGCCGUAGCGGCCAUUUGGGGGAUGAACCAACAGAAAAAGGAAGACAUUUCUCUCUCUCUGUCUCUCUCUCACUGUCUAACUCUGUCUGUCAAAAAAAAAAAAAAAAGAGAGAGAAUAAGGGGGCCAGUGCUGUGGCGCAGCAGGUAAGGCCACUGCCUGCAGUGCUGGCAUCACUUAUGGACACCAGUUCAAGUCCCAGCUGCUCCACUUCUGAUCCAGCUCUCUGCCAUGGCCUGGGAAAGCAGUGGAAGAUGGCUCAAGUCCUUGGGCACCUGCAUCCAUGUCAGAGACCCAGAAGAAGCUCCUUGCUUCAUAUCAGCGCAGCUCCGGCUGUUGUGGCCAUUUGGGGAGUGAACCAGCAAAUGGAAGACCUCUCUCUUUCUCUGACUCUCCUUCUUUCUCUGUGUAACUCUGACUUUCAUAUAAAUAAAUAAAUCUUUAAUGAAAAAAAAAAAAAAAGAAUGCCGGAGAGCAUCUGGAGUAAGAAUAGACAACACAUUUGAGGAAUUUUGCUUCAAAAUGGAGCGAUGGCUGAGAGAAAUAAGUCAGUCAGAAUUUUCUGGUUUAGUUUUUUAUUACAAAAGUUUUUAAAUCUACCAGGAAGUUGAAGGAGCAAUGAUAAGCCCUCAUAUCUGCCAUCAGAUCCUAUAGAUGUUAAUAUUUGGCCAGACUUGCUUUAUCUUUUUUAUUUCUGAACUAUCAUUUCUUUUUUUUUUUUUUUUUUAAGAUUUAUUUAUUUAUUUGAAAGUCAGAGUUACACAGGCAGGAGAGGGAGAGAGAGAAAGAGAAGUGGAGCAGCCAGGACUCGAACCAGAGCCCAUAUGAGAUGCCGGCACUGCAGGUGGUGGCUUUACCUGCUACACCAGAGCACUGGCCCCACUGAACCAUUUCAAAGUAGAUUCAUCCCUAAAUACUUUUUAUUUUUAUUUAUUUAUUUAUUUAUAAAGAUUUAUUUAUUUACUUGAAAGGCAUUGUUACAGUGAGGCAGAGGCAGAGAGAGAGAAGUCAUCCAUCCAUUGGUUCACUCCCCAAAUGGCCACAAUUACCAGAGCUGGGCCGAUCAGGAGCCAGGAGUAUCUUCUGGAUCGCCCAUGUAGGGGCAGGGGCCCAAGGACUUGGACCAUCUUCCACUGCUUUUCCAGGCCAUGGCAGAGAGCUGGAUCAGAAGUGGAAUACCUGGGACUUGAAUACCUCUGCCAGACAUGUGGGAGAGCUGGAUGGAGUUCCAUGCUCCUGGCCUUGGUUGUUGUGGCCAUUUGGGGAGUGAACCAGUGAAUGGACUACCUCUCUUCUAUCUCUUCUCUGCCUGACGCUCUUUCAAAUAAAGUGCAUAAGCACUUAAGCCAUCUUGAACUGCUUUCCCAGACACAUUAGCAGGAAGUGGAUCAGAAGUGGAGCAUCAGAGACACAAACCCAGACUCAGAGGUGGGAGACUGGUGGCAGCUUGCAAGUGGCAGCUUAACCUGGUACACCACAAUGCUGGCCCUUUUUUUCUUUUUCUUUGAACAUCAUUAUAAACUUAAAGUCAUUUAUUUUUUGUAUUAUAAACAGGGUAUGGGGCCAUCGCCAUGGCUCACUUGGUUAAUCCUCCGCCUGCAGUGCUGGCAUCCCGUACGGGCACUGGGUUCUAGUCCCCGUUGCUCCUCUUCCACUCCAGGUCUCUGCUGUGGCCCAAGUGCUUGGGCACCUGCACCUGGCUCCUGGCUUCAGAUAGGCACAGUGCCGGCCGUAGUGGCUAUUUGGGGAGUGAACCAAUGGAAGGAAAACCUUUCUCUCUCUCUCUCUCUCUCUCUCAUUCUCUCACUCUCACUCUCACUGUCUGUAACUCUACCUGUCAAAUAAUAAAAAAACAGGGUAAUCAUUACUUUCAUUGUGUAAAUUGUUCCAAAUUUGUCUAGUGAGAGCUCAGUGGUAAUCUAUUUGUUUUAGAGACUGAGAGAAAAUAAAAAUAUGUUUAUAUAAAAGUUGGUGAUCUAGAAAUCAGAGGGGAAAAUCCUUGAGAUGAAUUCCUUGAGAAGGUGAGCAGUGGGAUCCAGUACAUCAGGCAAGGGCUUGGCUGUGAGAGGAGCUGAUAGGUGAGGAGGGCAGAGCAUGUCAUACAGGUGCCAAAGGUGGUAGAUGAGGGAGUGGACUGUCAGGUCUCUUCAGACUGCUUCAGUCUUCUCAGUUCAUUAAGAAGAAAGGCCAGGGACCCAUGCUGUGGAUCAGCAGUUAAGCCAUUGCACCGGUUUGCUCCUGGAUGCCCCACUUUCGAUCCACCUCUCUGCUAAUGUGUCUGGGAAAUUAGUGGAAGAUGUCCCAAGAGCUUGGGCUUCUCUCAUCCCUGUGGGAAACCCAGAUGGAGUUCCAGGCUCCUGGCUUUGGCAAAUGAACAGCAAAUGGAAGAUCUCUCUUUCUCUGCCUCUCCCGCGCUCUGUCUGCCUUAAGUCUGUUUAAAAAAAAAAGAAGAAGAAGAAGAAGAAAGGCCACUGGUGGAGAGGAUGGGGCAAAGGAGGUGUGGGAGGCUUGAGGAAUGCACGGGUGGACACACUGCCUGUGGACUUACUCAAGCCUGCAGGCCAAGUCCGGGCCAGAUUUUUCUUAAUUCAAUACAGCACCUGGCAGAGCACUUGUACCCUUGGUUGUUGAUCAUGUGAAACGUGUUGAACACCUGCAUUUGUAGACAGCAGGUUUUUCAGCACCAGUUCUCUAAGCAGCUUUAAUUAGGCAAAGUGAAGAAAACAUGGGAACUCUGAUGGAGUAGAUGUGAGUGGAGUAGGCUUCCCGGAAGCUUUGUUGUUUACAAGCACCACAGAAUGUUCUGAUGAGCAUCCAAGUUUGGAAACCACAGAUCAAAAGGGUAUUUACUCAGUUAAUAUAUGUUGAGCACUAGCCAUUUUUAAGGUACUGUGAGUACAGCUAUCUUGACCCUUCAGUCGGAACGGGCUGAUUCUUAAUCUAGUUUGGUUGAGACCUAGUGAACCUCUUGCCAAGUUAGGCCAUAAAUGCUUCAGCUCCUUUGGCUAAGAUGUAUUUGGAACAUUACAAUAUUGUUAAGAAUUCAGUGAAACAGAAUUUAAAAAGAUAGUUGGGUUCCAUCCCCAAUGCCUAUGUUUUAAGAAGUUAAUUAUAGCAUAUAUGCACCCUUACAUUCUAGUCUUCCUUGAGUAAAAUUGACUUUCACCAUCAGUGUUCUUCAGUUCAUUGGUUUAGCAAACACUUGCUGCUGUGAGCCAGUACAUGCAAGCUGGGACUGGGAAUAGGAAGCUACAAGAGCAUUCUGGUCUUUAUGGAUCUCACUGUCUAGUAGGAGAGACAUAAAUUGAUAAUUAUAGUUCACUAUGAUACGGGGAAGAAGAGAAAGGGGUGAGAGAACUGAGAGUGAAUACCUCUUCUAGAAGGAGUUAAAGUACUUUCCCAGAAGUGACACUGGGAUAAGAGUUGCACCAAAAAGGGGAAAGGAAAGGCCAUUCCAUAAGGGAGAAGAGGGAGACACACCAAAAAACUUUAAAAAGAGCUUGGCAGAGUGAGGAAUGCAGAGUUAUUCUCUAUGGCUGGGGGAGUGUGGUGCAUGAAGCUGCAGAGGCAGGGCAGAUCCUGUGUGCCACAGCAAGAAGUUUGCUCUUGGGAAGAGAACACAAGAGGAAGCAGAUCGAUACUGGAUAAGGAGAAUGCGGUUUCUUCCUGGCACACUGAAUGUGUUCGUCAUCUUUUUGUUACAACCGUGAAAUACAGAAAGGUUUAUUUUAGCUCACAGUUCUGGAGGUCCACUGUCCACAAUCAGGUGGCCCUUUUGGUUGGGCAGUUGGUGAAGGCAUUCUGCUGGCAGAGUCUUAGGGUGUCACAGCGCAUCACAUAGCAAGAGAGCACAUACCUGUGUCUCUGUGGUCCCUCAUAAAGCCACCAGGUUAUAAUCACGAGCUCUACCACAACGCUCUAAUCUAAUCACUUCCCAAGGGCUCCACCUUGAAACCAUAAUUGGAUUAGGUCUCUACCCUUUUAGUGCCAUUAUCAUAAGACAGUGGGGAGGAAUUUCCCCCCAGUUUUUUUUUUUUUUUUUUUUUUUUUCCUGUUUUUAAAGGUUUAUUUUUUAUUUCCUUGAAAGGCAGAGUGACAGGGAGGAAGAGAUGGAGAGAUCUUUCAUUGGUGGUUCACUCCCCAAAUGGCCACAAUGGCUGGAGCUGGGCCAGAAGCCAAGAGCCUGAAACUCCAUCAGGCUCCCACAUGGCUGGCAGGGACUCAAGCACUUGGGCCAUCAUCUGCAUUCCGAGGCACAUUAGCAGGGAGCCGGAUCAGAAGUGGAGCAGCUGGGGCUGAACUGGCACUCAUGUGAGAAGUAAAGAUGUCUAGGAAUUGGAUCAGGGGAUUGGAUUAAUUGGAUCAGUGCCAGCAGGUGCAGUUGAAAGAAGCAACUUUGCAAAAGCAUGAAAGGAAAUAAUAAAGUAGAGGAAAUUGGUGGGCAACAGUAUAGAAAUUGAAGUUUUGAAAGGAUGGUCUUUUAAAAAUAUUUAUUUAUUUGAAAGUGUUACAGAGAGAUCUUCUAUCCCCUGGUUGACUCCCCAAAUGGCUACAAUGGCUGGAGCUGGGCUGAUCUGAAGCCAGGAGCUUCUUCUGGGUCUGCCAGAAGAAGACUGGGUGCAGGGGCCCAAGCACUUGGGUUAUCUUCUGUUGCUUUCCCAGGCACAUUAUCAGGGAGCUGGAUCAGAAGUGGAGCAGCUGGGUCUCAAACCAUCAUUCAUAUGGGAUGCCGGCACUGAAGGUGGUGGCUUUACCCGCCCCAAGGAAGAAUUUUUCUCCUUAACAGUACUUACUUCAUUUGUCAAGCAGAGACAGAGAUCAGUGUUGGUUCACUCUCCAGAUGCCUAACCGAGCCAAAACUAGAAACUGGGAACUCCAUCCAAGUCUCCCAUGUGAGUGACAGGGACUCAACUACUUGAGCCAUUAUAGGAAAUGAAUUAGGAGCACAGCUGGAACUUGAACCCAGGCACUCUGUUAUGGGGCCCGUGCAACAUGAGGCAUCUUAAGCAAGUGACAUCUUAACUGUUACACCGAAUGCCAUCCCUGAGGUUAUCCUUUUAAUGAUGAUACCAGUUUGAUAACUUGUUUAGGGUGGUGAGUGUCAGAAUAAGUGCUGAGAAGUGAUGCUUUGAGUCGAUGUGAUUGUCCAGCUCCCCACUACCUGGUGAUCCGUGCCUGAGUCGUUUGUUAGUUGUACGCUACAACAUACAAGAAAUGGUUCUGUCAUGCUGGCGCUGUGGUGUAGUAGGUUAAGCAUCUUCCUGCAGUGCCGGUAUCCCAUGUUUUUUAAAAAAUGGGGGCCAGAGACCAGCACUGUGGUAUAGUGGGUAAAGCCACCACCUGCAAUGCCGGCAUUCCAUAUGGGUUCCAGUUGGACUCCCAGCUGCUCCCUUCCAAUCCAGCUCCCUGCUGAUGGCCUGGGAAAGCAGUGGAGGAUGGCCCAAGUGCUUGGGGCCCUGCACCCGCACGCAAAACACAGAGGAAGCUCCUGGCUCCUGGCUUCGGAUCAGCACAGCUCUGGCUGUCGUGGCCAUUUGGGGAGUGAACUAGCAGAUGGAAAGCCUCUUUCUCUGUGUCUCCCUCUCUCUCUAACUCUGCCUCUCAAGUAAAUAAAUAAAUCUUUAAAAAAAGAAAUGGUCUGUCAUCUCUUCUCCCUGUAUUAGCUGGGAUUUUUCUGUAAAGGAGCUUUCUCCCCCUCUAAGUUAUCACUGUAGAAUCAUAAAUUUCUUUGUUUUUAUUACAUGUACUAUAUCCCAUCAUUAGUCUUUAUGCUGAUCGGGUUUCCUAAAUCUGGCCAAAUAGAGCCACAUCAUGUCUGUUUCUGUGUCCUCUUCACAUGACCGUAUUACUCUUUUUUUUUUUUUUUUUUUUUUUAAGAUUUAUUUAUUUGAAAGGAAGAGUUACAGAGAAGCAGAGGCAGAGAGAGAGAGAAGUCUUCUAUCUGCUGGUUCACUCCCCAAAUGGCCGCAAUGGCCAGAGUUGGGCCGAUGAUCCAAAGCCAGGAGCCAAGAGCUUCUUCUGGGUCUCCCAUGUGGGUGCAGAGACCCAAGGACUUGGGCCAUCUUCUACUGUUAUCCCAGGCACAUUAACAGAGCGCUGGAUCAGAAGUGGAGCAGGGGCUGGCACUGUGGCAUAGCGGGUAAGCCGCCGCUUGCAGUGCCAGCAUCCCAUAUGGGCGCCAGUUCUAGUCCCAGCUCUUCCACUUCUGAUCCAGCUCUCUGCUAUGGCCUGGGAAAGCAGUAGAAGAUGGCUCAAGUCCUUGGGCCCCUGUACCCACAUGGGACCCAGAGGAAGCUCCUGGCUCCUGGCUUUGGUUCGGCGCAGCUCUGGCUGUUGUAGCCAAUUGAGGAGUGAACCAGCAGAUGAAAGAUCUCUCUCUGCCUCUCCUUCUCUCUGUGUGUCACUCUUUGAAAUAAAUAAAUAAAUCUUCUUUUUAAAUUUUGUAGAUUAUUUAUUU